AGCGUAAAUCUCUUAGACACGCCCCCGCCCCCGCCCACAAAACUGAACACGCUUAAAAUCGCCGGCGUAACUAUUGUAAGACUGCCCUUCUUCUCACCUUGGUGUCUCUUUGAAUUUAAAAGAUCAAGCACCAUGUCCAUCCUGAAGAUUCAUGCCCGGGAGAUCUUUGAUUCCCGUGGAAACCCCACUGUGGAGGUGGACCUCUACACUGACAAAGGUCUGUUCAGAGCAGCGGUACCUAGUGGUGCCUCCACUGGAAUCUAUGAAGCCCUGGAGCUAAGGGACAAUGACAAGUCACGCUAUCUUGGCAAAGGGGUUUCAAAAGCUGUGGACCAUAUUAACAAUACACUUGCUCCUGCACUUGUUGAUCAGGAUGUAUCAGUGGUAGAGCAAGAGAAAAUCGAUCAGAUCAUGCUUGACAUGGAUGGAACCGAGAACAAGUCCAAGUUUGGUGCCAAUGCCAUCCUGGGUAUUUCCCUGGCGGUGUGCAAGGCUGGUGCGGCAGAGAAAGGCGUCCCCCUGUACCGUCACAUUGCUGACCUCGCUGGGAACCCGGAGGUCAUCUUGCCUGUGCCGGCCUUCAACGUGAUCAACGGAGGAUCUCAUGCGGGCAACAAGCUGGCCAUGCAGGAGUUCAUGAUCCUGCCAGUGGGGGCCAGCUCCUUCAAGGAGGCCAUGCGUAUUGGGGCGGAGGUCUACCACAACCUGAAGAAUGUCAUCAAGAGCAAAUAUGGCCAGGACGCCACCAAUGUUGGUGACGAGGGCGGCUUUGCUCCGAACAUCUUGGAGAACAAGGAAGCUCUAGAGCUAAUUAAAGAGGCCAUCAGCAAAGCGGGGUACACCGAAGAGGUGGUGAUCGGUAUGGAUGUGGCAGCCUCUGAAUUCUAUAGGGACGGGAAAUACGAUUUAGACUUCAAGUCCGCUGAUGACCCAGAGCGUUACAUCACUCCCGAUGAGCUGGCUGACCUCUACAAGAGCUUCUGCAAGGAUUACCCAGUGCUGUCCAUUGAGGACCCCUUUGACCAGGAUGACUGGGAAGCAUGGUCCAGCUUCACUGGCAGCACCGAUAUCCAAGUGGUGGGAGAUGACCUGACUGUGACCAACCCCAAACGCAUUGCCAAGGCUGUUGAGGACAAGGCCUGCAACUGCCUGCUGCUGAAGGUCAACCAGAUCGGCUCGGUGACCGAGUCUCUGGCUGCGUGCAAAAUGGCCCAGUCCAGUGGCUGGGGAGUCAUGGUUAGCCAUCGCUCUGGGGAGACUGAGGACACCUUCAUUGCAGAUCUGGUAGUAGGCCUGUGCACUGGACAGAUUAAGACUGGUGCUCCAUGCCGCUCUGAGCGUCUGGCCAAGUACAACCAGAUUCUCCGAAUUGAAGAGGAAUUGGGAGACAAGGCUGUGUUUGCUGGGAAGAACUUCAGGAACCCUCUGGCUUAAGUGAAAUGGUCAAAUCUACAUAGUUGCAUGCACACAAGUUUAGUAAGCAUUCUUUCAAACUUUUGCUGUCUGAAAACCUCUUUUCCAAAAUGGACACUUUUUUCAGAAAAUAUAAAACGGUUUCAUAUUCUCCCAUUAACUGAUGCACAACUGUGAAAUUGAGUUUCCUCAGAGUGACAAAAUGCUAAAGAAUGCUUAGAGAAUAAACUGUGACACAUAGUUAUUGGCAGCUAGACAGAAACAUUCAAAGUUACAGUCCAAGACUUGUACAUUCCCUAGUCUACCACUGUUUUAGGUGAACAAAUGUGACAGUGGACACCAUAGUUAGAUGUCUGGCGGGGGGGGGGGGGGGGGGGGCACAUACACUUUAGUAGUAAGUUGCAAUAAUUGUCUUCCACUGAAAUCUGUUUAAAUAUAGAACAAAAUCAUCAUUAUUUAUGAACAAUCAAUGCAAUGGAUUGGGAAAUUAUAAAGGCAUACCUCUGGCUGUAAAGUGAAUAAACACAUUUGCUUGGAACUGAA